AUGUUUUCCUUAUUCGCCGGCGAGAAGCCUCAGCCCAAGGCUGCCGAGGUUGCCAUCCAGAGGAUCUCAAACAUUUCUGCCACCCAAUUGUCCCGCUUCGAACGUCUCCCCAAGGUCCAACGCUAUGCCAUCAUAGGUGCAGCAUCUGUUGGUGGAGUAUCUCUUCUCUGGGCUUUGACUCGAUCUUCAAAGUCUGCCAGACGGCCUCCGAUUCCUUCUCCCAGAGACUCGCUGCUUCCGGACCUGUCUCCUGAGGAUGCUGCAGACCUUCCCUACCAUCCAGCUGCGUUGCCUGGAGCCCGGGAUGUCGACUCUCCAUGGGGUACUAUCCGCGUGUAUGAAUUCGGCCCACGAGAUGGAGAAAAAGUUUUACUCAUCCACGGAAUCUCGACACCGUCAAUUGCCUUGACUGACUUGGCACACAAGUUGGUUGGCAGGGGACGACGUGUCAUGCUUUUUGACCUCUUCGGUCGCGGCUACUCCGAUGGCCCGUCCCCAGACACAACCAACUAUGACUCGAGCCUCUAUACCACUCAAAUCCUGCUCGCUCUCCAAUCGUCGCCCAUUCAUUGGUCAACCUUUACCAUAGUCGGCUACUCUCUCGGCGGUGCUAUCGCCGCAGACUUUACGUCCUACUUCCCCUCGCUAGUCCGAGGCCUUGUACUUGUAGCUCCCGGUGGUCUUGUCCGCAAAUCACACAUGUCCAUCUCUAGCAAAAUGCUAUACCACAGCUCGUGGAUGCCAGAGUGGAUGGUUGGCAAGCUCGUUGCAAGCAGACUAUGGACCGGAGCCAAGGUUGUAGAGAGCGAUCCCGAGGCGGUAGAGAACGCAGAAACGACUACGACGGCGAGCGAGGGAGACAAGACGUAUGUAAGCAGCAACCACAUGCUUUUGCCCGGUAACCCACAUUCAACCGUUUCGUCGGUCGUGGAUUGGCAAAUUCAAAAUCACAAGGGUUUCGUGCCAGCCUUCAUAUCGACCAUCCGCCACGCGCCGAUUUACAACCAGCACGACCGCUGGAGCGUUAUCCGCGAAAACAUUGAGAACCGUGCCGGCCCGUUGAAGGAAGUCUGGCUCAUACUCGGCGAGACAGACCCCAUUAUCAAUGCCGAUGAAAUCACCGAGGAUGCAAGGGCUGUGCUCGGUGAGGAAAAUGUUAGGGUCAAGGUGCUGGACGGCGUAGGUCAUGAAGUCGCCAUCGAACGCGCAGACGAUGUUGUCCGGGCUGUAAGACGGGUUGGUACCAAGAGCGAGGAGGUCAGAGAGGUCAGGGAGGAGGAGAGUAAGCCCGAGCCAGUCGAGAGGCCCGAGAGGCCCGAGAAGCCCGAGAAGCCCGCGAAGGCAGAAAAGAGUGAAAAGAGCGACAAGAAAGAGAAGAAGAGUUCAAGUCGGAGGAAGCACGGAGGCUCGCACGCCAGCUCCAGCACGAAGUAG